AUGCUGCACGCCUUCCCUCAGCAACAACAACAACAGCAGCAGCAGCAGCAGCAACAGCAACAAUCAAAUCAGUCUUACUUUCUCCCAAUCGCCCCCCUAUCCGCUUCCAGAGAAUCAUACGGCUCACUCCUCAACUCCAACAACAGCUCCACGCCCUCUCAAGUUCAAAACGGCAUAGUCAGUCGAGUAGAUACACCCUCCUUAAUUGGUCCACCUUCAGUGAAUACCCCCAGUUCUGCCGGAUUACCCAUCAACGUACCCUCGCAUAUCCUGUCCAGUUCGACUGGGAAACUGCUCUUGUCCUCCAAGCAUGGCUCACCCACCGGGGCUGAGCAUCCAAAGAACUCACAAUCCGAGAACGAAAAGAUUCACUAUUUGAUCGUCGACCUCUUGAACCCACUCACCAGAGAAUUGGCACUCUUAGAACUCAGUAAGAAGCGCGAACAAUGGGACGAUCUCGCCCUUGUUUUAUGGCAUUCAUUCGGUGUCAUGUCCUGCUUAUUACAAGAGAUCGUCGCCGUCUAUCCACUCCUAUCACCCCCUUCGUUAACCGCCAAUGCAUCCAACCGAGUCUGCAACGCACUCGCACUCCUCCAAUGUGUCGCAUCGCACAACGAGACUCGAGCGCUAUUCUUACAAGCCCAUCUACCACUAUUCCUCUACCCGUUCCUGAAUACGACCUCGAAGACUCGACCGUUUGAAUACCUCCGACUGACUUCGCUCGGGGUGAUCGGCGCCCUGGUGAAACAAAACGACAACUCAGAGGUGAUCAACUUCUUGCUCUCGACUGAGAUCAUCCCCUUAUGUCUCAGGAUCAUGGAGACUGGAUCCGAGUUGAGCAAGACCGUCGCCAUCUUCAUCGUCCAAAAAAUCCUCCUCGAUGAGAUGGGUCUGGCCUACAUCUGUCAGACUUACGAGCGAUUCUAUGCUGUGGGAACGGUGCUCAGCAACAUGGUCAACCAGUUGGUCGAAACCCAGGCCGUGAGACUCUUGAAACAUGUCGUGAGGUGUUAUUUAAGAUUAAGCGAUAACUUGAGAGCUAGAGAGGCUUUAAGAGCUUGUUUACCCGAACCUUUACGAGAUGCAACAUUCAGUCAAGUCUUGAAAGGAGACCUAAUCACGAAACGAUGUUUGGCUAGCUUAUUGUUGAAUCUGUCAGACCGAGUCGAAUAG